GUAACAUCUCGGCAAGAUAACGAAUCCGAUGCAUACUCAUCUCCCGUACUUUAAAUGAUAUCAGCUGAGGCAGAUAGAAGAAAACCGCCCCCCGAGAAGCCCGUGCCCCUCCUCCUUUACUCCUUUCCACACCGAGUUACGGGGCCAACUCAACUUUGAUCUUGAUAAUCUACGGAUACCAAACCAACAUGGCAAAACCCGACCAGGGAAAGCAAGGUAGAUCCCUCGUGACCUUGCCAUCCAAAAUGCGGGCUACUAUGCACAGAUACCAGAAACUCGAACCAUACAACAAUAGCGGGUUGCCACGUUCCCAAAAAGAAUCCACCCCAAACAGGCAG